UCCUGGCCUGUCAGUAGCAGCCGGGUUUGAAACGUAGGCAAUGAAAUCGGUGAGGUCACGUAUUUUUAAGCCCCACGACGGGAUAAACCAUCCUUCAGCGGCGGCAUAAACAAACGUGAAGUCGGUCUGGAUCGUUUCGACGCUCGCCGGAGCCGCUUUGGAAACGGAUCGGCCGCUUGUUGGUUUGAUGACAGAGAGAACACUUCUGGAUGCACAGAAAGCAGUAAUUGAAGACUUUGCCAUGAACAAAAACAAGAGAGACAGAGAGUUCUACAGCGUAGAUGUUGGGGAUUCAACAUUUACAGUACUAAAGCGAUACCGAAAUCUAAGACCCAUCGGAUCUGGAGCACAGGGAAUCGUCUGCUCUGCGUAUGACCAAAUCCUUGAACGAAAUGUUGCCAUCAAGAAGCUAAGUCGACCCUUUCAAAACCAAACCCAUGCCAAGAGAGCAUACAGAGAACUAGUUCUAAUGAAAUGUGUCAAUCACAAAAAUAUCAUUGGCCUAUUAAAUGUGUUCACGCCACAGAAAUCGUUAGAAGAUUUCCAAGAUGUAUACUUGGUGAUGGAGCUGAUGGAUGCCAAUCUGUGUCAGGUGAUUCAAAUGGAGCUGGACCACGAGAGACUGUCCUAUCUGCUCUAUCAGAUGCUGUGUGGUAUCAAACACCUCCACGGUGCUGGAAUCAUUCACAGGGAUUUGAAGCCCAGUAAUAUAGUUGUCAAGUCUGAUUGCACACUGAAGAUUUUGGACUUUGGCUUGGCUCGGACAGCGGCCACAGGCCUUCUGAUGACGCCAUAUGUGGUUACACGCUACUACAGAGCACCAGAAGUUAUCCUUGGCAUGGGCUACCAGGCCAAUGUGGACAUAUGGUCAGUGGGCUGCAUUCUGGCAGAAAUGGUGCGCCAUAAAAUCCUUUUCCCUGGAAGGGACUAUAUCGACCAGUGGAACAAGGUGAUUGAGCAGCUAGGUACUCCAUCUCAGGAUUUUCUAAUGAAGCUGAACCACUCAGUGAGAACGUAUGUGGAGAAUAGACCACGGUACGCAGGAUACAGCUUUGAGAAACUCUUUCCAGAUGUUUUGUUCCCUGCUGACUCAGACCACAACAAACUAAAAGCAAGCCAAGCUAGAGACCUGUUAUCCAAGAUGUUGGUCAUUGAUGCAUCAAAGCGUAUCUCUGUAGAUGAAGCCUUGCAGCACCCGUAUAUUAAUGUUUGGUAUGAUCCUGCUGAAGUGGAGGCGCCUCCUCCAAAGAUCCCUGACAGGACACUGGAUGAAAGAGAUCAUACUGUCGAGGAGUGGAAAGAACUAAUUUAUAAGGAAGUUAUUGAAUGGGAGGAACGGACCAAGAAUGGAGUAAUUAGAGGUCAACCAACCGCUCUAGCACAGGUGCAGCAGUGAUCGACAGUCCUCCUCAGCCCACGUCCGCCUCCUCCUCCUCCUCCUCCUCAUCCUCAGCCAACGAUGUCUCCUCCAUGUCCACGGAGCCGACCGAUCCCAGCAGUGACCCCGCUGUGGGCUCAGAGACAGACAGCAGCUUGGACAGUCACACCUCUCUCAGUGCGCUGGCCUGCUGUAGAUAACUACCCAAGCACACAUCUACUGUAUACGUU